AUAAUGGAUAUUCUGUAAUAGUAAAAAUAUAAACGAUUAACAUCUAUAUUAUUUUCCAUCAAACAUAAUACUAGUGCGUAUAUUUUGUCUAAUCUGAUACUAGGAUACAUUCCUAACGUCACUAGAUACAUCCAUUUCAUGAAACUUUCCAGUGUUUAUUGAGGGAAGCACAGAGUGUUCAAUUUACAUCGAAAAAACCGCUUAAAAUAAAAAAGAGUCAUAACCAUUUGAACGUUAUUACAAUCAAAAAUAGAUUUUUAUCUUAUGUUUUUUAUCUGUUGAAUUAACAAAAUGCACAUAUUGAAUUAGAUAUAUAGUAGUGACAAUAUGGUAUAAGUGUUUUCAUCUGAUUUUCCCGCAGCCUUCUUCGGAAAGGGAACAAUGGCGCCAACCAAGUUCGGGCUGUUCAAGGGAAGGAGCCGCGACAACCAGGAGCAGCCCUCGACGGAAAACCUCCUCCAGUCAAGCCAGAGCACCGAGCGAGUACAGACGCCUGACUCGCCAAUACCGUCGACCAGUAAGGGCAUAACCGUCGACAGUGCCUUCGCCGAGCUGUCCAUGCUUAAUCUGGACAGCGAUGAUGAGUAUUCACCGCAGCAAGACGUCACAACGCGUCGGAUCAGCGAUUCCAGCAAACUGGACGAGCCACAGCUUAGCUAUCACAUUCUAAACAAUCCGUCGUCUCCCGACGCGACCACCACAUCGACCCUCGACUGCGACGUGUCUCCGGACGCGACGAGGGACAUCGACGAUACCGCGUCCACGACAUACGACGCGAACUCGAUACAAUUCGACGAGACUUCGAUUGCCGCCAGCGAAGACACGUCGGUAUACUGCACCACUCUGAAGAAGAAGAAGAAGAAGAAUAAGUUGAAAAUGGAACAGCAUCGACGCGAUUUGGGUAUGUGGAAAGCCAGCAACGUCGAGGUCAUGAAGAACCUCCUAAACAAGAGCGGCAACGUCGACGAACAAAUCAAAUGGGAGGCGAUAGCGACCGCGAGGGGACUUUGCACGCUAACGGACAACUGUACAUGCGGGGACUGUACCAGGGCCAAGUUCCUGGUCGGGAUGGCUGACGGGGACGGGGGCCUUGGGGCGGCGCCGAUAUUCAACGCUAUAAGCAUCGGGUGUCAAUUACAGUAACCGAAAAUUCAACUUCGAAUUGUUGGUUAAGAACAAAAUUGGUCUAAGUCGGAUGUUCUCAAAGUUUUUUUGUCUGUACACGAGGGGGCGGUACGGGAAAUUUGGGAAUCGGUGGUACAGCCCUACGGUGGUACAAUUCGAUGUACUUAUUAACUUAUUAAACUUGCUAGACCACACUAGAUUUAUGUCGCCAGAGACAAAAACAAAAUGGAAAUCUUUGAAGGCCUUCACCUGAGAGGGGUGCAUAUAAUAAUUCAGAAUAAUAACAUGAAUAUUUUUAAAAAAGUUGUAUUAAUUGCAUGGAAUAAAUAACUUUUUUAUUAUUAACUUAUUAACAGAAAAACCGCUUGAUGUUUAUAUAUGGUUUGGAUCAUUGCAUCUAUUCGGUACCCGUAUUGUUUCGCAUUUCAGUAUAUUUUUGUCCGUAAUUAAAGUGACAAUAUGAGGCUGUUACAAAAACUAUUGACUUGAUCAAAUUUGUUCUUAACAAUUCUUCAUUGAAGCAUUGGAAUUUAAGUUUCGGCUGACGAUGGAAUCCCGUUAAAAAACAGCGCUGGCAAUACCGGACUAAUCAAAUUCGCUUACUUCUCAUCAGUUAAGUGAAUAAAUGACAUAUGUCAAUUAAUGUAUAUUCAAAAAACAGAAAAUAAACAGUUGAAUUUCGGAAACUAAUUACUGUAGUACCCAUUUCAAUACAGCGCGGUAUUCCCAAUUCAGCCCAAACUUGAACAAUUAGCAAACGGAAUGGUUCCUUAUUACAUUACACUGUGUUCUGGGAUGUAUUUAUUCGCAAGGGUUUUUGCUGUUUGCUUCUCGCAACCUUACCCUUUGCAAUCUAGUACCUGUUCCCUAAUCUCGAUCGGUACAGAUUAGACUAGCACGGCUCGCGUUGAAGUGUUCACUACGGUAACGGGAAUAUCGGAGACGGUUUAUUUCUAAGCUUCAAUUAUGGAGGGUAGAAGUUAGGAGCACUGUCUUGGCAUCAUCUAGGGGACAAGUUGAAUAACUGUUUUUUUUAUUGCCCUUAUAGGCAGACGAGCAUACGGUCAACCUGAUGGUGAGUGGUUACUGUCGCCCAUGGACUUCAGCAAUGCCAGGGGCAGAGCCAAGCCGCUGCCUACCGCAUGUAGACGGCAAGUUGUUAAGUGGUUACUGGAGCCCAUAGACAUUUACAACGUAAAUUCGCCACCCACCUUGAGAUAUAAGUUCUAAGAUGUCAGUAUGGUUACAACGGCUGCCCUACCCUUCAAACCGAAACGCAUUACUGCUCCACGGCAGAAAUAGGCAGGGCGGUGGUACCUACCCGCGCGGACUCACAAGAGGUCCUGCCACCAGUAAUUACGCAAAUUAUUAUUUUGCGGGUUUGAUUUUUAUUACACGAUGUUAUUCCUUCACCGUGGAAGUCAAUCGUGAACAUUUGUUGAGUACGUAUUUCAUUAGGAAAAUUGGUACCCGCCUGCGGGAUUCGAACACUAGUGCAUCGCUCAAGACGAAUGCACCGGACGUCUUAUCCUUUAGGCCACGACGACUUCAAUUUCUUUCCACUUGCUACUGUGGCGCCACCUUAAUUGGCUUCAGCGGUCAUUUAUAAUGCACUGAUAUAGUGCUCCUUACUUCUACCCUCCAUAGCUUCCAUGUACGUUGCCCUUUGACGCGACCUGUACUCGAGGUGUCACCGUCAAAGCUAUAUUAAGUCGGACGUUCUACUUUAUAGGAGAGAGAAAAGUCUUUCGGCGUAUUAACGAAUGCAAAUUGCAAUUGCAGAUAUAUUCAAAGUGACGUUCCGAUUUUAUGGCUCCGACGUGCGGCUUAUUAGUGUCCAAUUUUACAUCUACCGUCGUUUAUUAUAAAUUAAUUGUCUGUGUAAUUCGUUCGUGAUUCGAUGUUUAGUGUUCUUAAUAAUUAUAAUUAAAAAAAAAGUAGGUUUAUUAAAUACUCUAUAUAUUGACUUAUAUCAUACUCGAGAUUGUAGUGAUUUGACUGUGGAGUGAUUUGAAAUUCUGUGGCCUUUUUUGAAUGAAUUAAAACCGCGAUCGGUAUGCUUACAACAGAACAUCGAGAGCUCAAUAAAACCUAAAAUCGUGGGGAACCCGUCAAACAUAUUAUACUAACUUAAAUAUUGUGUUCACAUUGUGUAUUGAAUUCGUAAUUUCCCAGAACAAUUAAAAUAUGUAUAUGCCGUUGUAACUAACUAUACUGAGACCUUAGAAUUCGUAUCUCAAGGUGGGUGGCGGCAUUUACGUUGUAGAUGUCUAUGAGCUCCGGUGACUGCUUAACAUCGGGUGAAACGUGAACUCGUCCACCCAUCUAAGUAAUAAAUAAAUAAAAAUCUAAAUCACGAAAAAUAUUCGUUCUGUUUGACAAGCACUGUUGCUUCGAUAAAUUGCAACUUUAGAAUUGAAGUGGUUGAACUUUAAAAAAUUUAAGAAAAAUUAUAUUUAUAGUUUGAAGGAUUUAUGAACAUGUAUUCUAAGAGUUAAUAAAAAAAAAAUUUUAAUGGGCAAAGUACACUUUCCGUCUCUCCUAAAUCAAGCGAAUACAUUAAGCUUUAAGGUAUGCGCUUUAAGGGCUUAAACUAUUAAAAUCGAAACUGAAAAAUUAACAAUUCUUCAAUGCUACUGCUACGUAGGCAGCGGCUUGGCUCUGCCCCUGGCAUUGCUGAGGUCCAUGGGCAACGGUAACCACUCACCAUCAGGUGGGCCGUAUGCUCGUCUGCCUACAAAGGCAAUAAAAACAAACAUUUUUGACGUUUACCAAAAAAAAAAAACAAGAAUUCUGGAUUAAUCCAAAGCCACUUCGAUUCGAAAGGUGCAAAAUAUUCUAAGGCGUCUAAUAAUGUCAUUGGCUCCCAAACUUUUGGAAAUCGCCUAUUAUUGGCAGCACAAUGUGACCUUGAUUGUGUCGCGUAUCAUCGCGCCACAAAACCAUUUUGAAGUGAAAACUUCUUUAGAAUCGUUGUGAUUUCAAACCGGAUGCAACGGAAAAAACGACAGGUAAGAGACACAAAUACAAAAAUGUGUAGGAUGAAGCCAGCAAAGAAUGAGACAGAAAUAUACAUACUAUUUAAUACAGCGCCAUCUGUGAGAUUUUUUAAUACUAACGUGUGUAUGAAAGCUCUUGUAGUGAAUUUUAAUUUAGGAUUAUACGUGAAAUUAAAAUAUCAAUUCACAGAGGGCGCUACCUUACAAUUAUUUACUAAUGACAAGAUUUUACAUAUACUUAAGACGUUUAGGAUAAUUGUAUUUUAAUUUUGGAAGGUUUCACUUCUACCACGUGUGAAUUGCACACAUUUUGUUUUUUUUUUUCUGAUUACUUAUUUACCAAAAGUAAUUGUUUGAAAUUUUCGAAUUUAAGACGAUUGUAAAACAUCUGUCCGGUCCUCUAGUUAAUUAAAACUCUAGAAUCAUCCCAAUGUUUUCAUUCAGACAUAUUUCACUGCAAUCUCGCUGUUCAAUAUAAGUGCUGUGCUCAGUGUGAGUUUAUGCGAAUUUUUUAACGUUCUCGAUAGCGUAAAAGUUAAUUCUAAAUCGUAUUUGAACAGCGCCUCUAGCGGCAAAAAUAGGCAAACGUUCCAACACCGUACAAACUUGAGUUAACUUUUACUUUAUCGAGAACGUUAAAAAACUCGCACCAAACACAUAGGAUAUAAAUAAAUUCCGUAGUGAUUUACUGAACGGCCUCGUACUCGUAUUAUGGAAGACUGACGUGUACUCUUUAAAUAAAAUUUAAGUAAAAAUCAUUUUGUACCUACUAUCUUAAACUUAAAAUAUUCGGUCCUUGAAUUGAGAAUGAGAAUUGAAUUAAGGCUUAGGCAUUCUAGAUUUGACCCGUGUGCUUAGUGCGAGUUUUUAACGUUCUCGAUCGCGUAAAAGUUAACUCAAGCUCGUAUGGACUCGGAACAGCGCCCCUAGCGGCAAACGUAGCGCACUAGGCACGCCGGAGCCCGCGUGGGUUGGCGUCCAUUUUGAAACUUUAUUACUUCGUCAAAGCGUUUACCUCGAAUACGAAAACACGAUUUUAUCUAAACUAAUUAAACUUAUAAAGCUUUUAGAUUAUUAUUUUUUGAACAUUCGGUACUCCAUCUUGUUUCGCCACCUAUUGCUGGUAGCCUAAGGUAGGUGAGCUCACGGACUCAACCUGAGAGAAUUUGCUAAUACUAGUCCCAACUAGAGCGGUGCUUCACCUAAUCGACUACAGGAUCAGAAUAACGAACCACUGCGAAGAUCCGACAAGUUCAGUGGACUGUGUCUAGGUAUGACUUCAUCCUUCCACUGCAAUGGCGGAUCCAGGGGGGGGGGGGGGGGGUCAUGGGGUCAUGACCACCCCCUGAGCUGGUUCCAGGACUUAGGUGGGCCACUAAUUGAAUAUAAUGAUUUUAUUUAUAUAUUUUGUCAACAUACAGAUUUUAUGUAACUACAUACCUUCAAUAUUUCAAUUAAUUUAAUAUAAUAUAAUAACUUUGUAUAAUGGCAAACGUUUGGGAACGAACGCAUCUAAAUUUGACUAUUUGACCCCCUCCUGUCGCCAAAGCUGGAUCCGCCCUUGUUCCACUGUCUUCUCUCUCCCUCUCGAUAAUUCUCAAUUCAAAGACCGUUUUAUCAGAAGGCCGCCAUGUGAAAAGGCCAAUUAUUUAUGUACUUGUAGUUUUCGAAUGAAAAUUAUCAAUGUUUUUAAACGUAUUAUAAAUAAUCAUAGUAUUAUUGUUUGUAUGUGAAUUUUCGUAGUGAUAAUAAUGUGAGUUGAAUUUAAAAUUAUGAUAAAUUGAAUUUACUAAUGUAUUCAUGUUAGAAUCACCUGAUGA